AUGAAUGUUGAUGAUCCCGCCAUCUUUAUUCAAUGGAACAAUAACGGGUUCAAUGACACCCCAAUGGCAAAUUGUCGUAAUGGGGUGGCUGGCCAGACAAAAGCUGCUAUUAUCAAUUAUAUUGUAGGAAGUGGUGGUGUAGAUUUCAACU